UUUACGCUUUAUUGUUUAUUCAAAUUAGAGGGGUUUUGUUUGUUUGUCUCUCAGUUCGGUAAUAAUUGCGUUGCGCGCUCUACAUUCGUCAGUCUUGUUGUUGUAUAGUUUCAUUUGGUUACCAAAUGAGAAAAACAAAUAGAUAUACAAUCACCUAUCUAACUACAAAUAUAGGUAGUCAAGAGGUUCGGAGGAAUUGGAAGAGGAAGAUAAGAUUAUUGAAAUACCUAUCUAAAAUAUACCUAAAAAAAUAUCUUGGAAAGUGAUGUCUUGAUUGACAAAAGAUUGAUUUAGAAGAUACACGAAUUCUCGGUUUUGUAAAAAGCUAACAAAAACCAAAAUAAGGAUCAAUGAUUCCUCCCCAUCGCCAUCAGUGCCUAUUAAAAAUUGAAUGCAUUUUGUUUUACAGUUAGUUGUAGUGUGGUGAGGUGAGGUGAAUAGAUUAUAUGUUGUGUAUCUAUCGGAUACCAUCAGAUAUAAAAGUUUAUUUGACGGAAUGUUACUCUGUGUUGUGUGCCUUGAGUAUGUACACAGUACAUACCUUCGUAUAUAUCUAUGGUGCUGCUGCUUCUGUUGGUUUUGUUGUUGUGUCAGCGACAUGGCGCGGCGACGAGAGCUGCUUACACCAAUGCGACGUCAAUAUCGAAACAACAAAAACAAUAAACAAGCUUUCACAACGUCUUUUGUAGCUUAUAUUAUUCUAUCGUUGUUGUUUGCGUAUACUCAACUCAUACAACACUCUCCAGCGCGCUCCUCUCAUGCCUUUGCCAGCCAGCCAUAGCCAUCAUCAUCAUCGUAUGGCGAGGUAAAGCCAAAGCAAAGCAAAGCAAAAGCAAAGCAAUAUAGCCAGAGCCACAACAGCCAGCCCCAGCAACUCGCUCGCAACAACACGAGUUGUUUGUCAUUUGUGAGUUGGUUGAGCUUUCGAAAACACACAUUCAUAUAAAAUUAUAUACUUAUUCUAUUUUCGUUAGACGCGCAAAAAACAGAGUAAAAUACGCAGUCAACACUGUCGUGUCUCUUCAUGGUUAUUUGUAAAAUUGUAAACCAAAAAAUAAAAAUUUAAACCAACCUUUAUUGACUACUACUGACUAAGGGUUUUGUGUUAAAUAUUAAAUUCAGAAAUAUACCUACACCAACUGCAUCAGUUUCAGAAAUGCAGAACAAACUCGAAACUAAAAAACAAGUGGAUGUGGUGUUGGACAAUAGACAAAUGAUGUCGUCGACGACAUCGUCAUCGGCAUCAGCAUCUGCUACGGCAACGACAACUGCAACGGCAGCGGCAUCCACCCCACGAAUCAUGCAGGCCGAUGAGGAUUUCAAUAUCCGAUUUGUUCAAAUGGUUAAGAAACAUCGUUGUUUGUACGACAAAAAAGUGCCUGAGUACAGGAAUAGGGACUACCAAGAGAAAGCAUGGACGGUGAUAUCCCAGGAAACUAGAGAAAAUGUGAUUCAUUGUAAGGAACGUUGGCGGAAUCUAAGAGCAUGCUUAUCCCGUUACAUAAAGCAACAAAGCGGCAACGAUCCGCAACACAAGCCCUACUAUCUUACAGAACACAUGGCUUUUCUUCUGCCAUUUCUUAAAUCAAUACGCCAAUCGGUAGAUAGUUCACAGAGUAUCUUCAAUAUUCAAAAUACCCUAAAUGAAUACAAGUACAACCAAUCGAAUGAUUUGGAAAUGAAGCAUUCGCUAUCGGAAAAUGAUGAAGAAACAAUUGAUGCUUUUGACAAUGGUGGUGCCCAAAUAAUAAAUCGACCCCCAGAGACUUCGACACCGAUGAGUGACACAAACAGCGCCCACACAAGUACAAUGAAUAAUUUUAUACCCGAUGUACAAAUUGAAAUGCGUGAAACACCCGAUGCUAAUUCGGAAAUAAUAUUUUCUCCGUCUUCGGCGGCAGCGGCAACACCUCAUAUGAAUGGUCAUCAUCAUCAUAAUCAUCAGCACCAUCAUUCUAAUCAUAUUAAUUAUCCCCAACCUAAACGGAUAAAGCUAGAACAUCAGCAAAGUGGAUCAGCAAACGAAAGAUCACCCGAUGGUUAUUAUAAUAAUCAAGUGGAAAACUCGGAUAUGGAAUUCUUUCGCAGCAUACUUCCGGAUAUUGUUGAAUUAACCCCUUUGCAAAAGAGAAAAUUAAAAAUCGGAAUAUUGGAGUUAAUUGACGAUGUUUUAGUUAAAUAUCCUGCGCCUCAAAACCAAAGUAACAACAAUAAUAGCAACCACAACCAUAACAACAAUAACAAUAAUAACAACAGCAGUAAUAAUAAUCAACAUAGCAUAUCUGCUUAUUGGGGAAAGUAACAAAUUUUUGACUUAAUGUGUGAAAUAUUGUAAAUACAAAUCGCUUUUUAGGUGUUUAAAUAAAAGUGUUGCACAAAAUUUUGCGCCGAAUUAA